UUUCACAUCACUGACCCGUGAGGGGGAGAGAGAGAGAGAGUAUUACCAAUAUGAAAGGCUAUUAUAAAGAUUGGAACAAGUGUAGAAAGUAGAAAAUCUCUCCUGCUUCGGUGGAGAUUUGACAAAGAAAGCUCUCUUUUGGCCAUUCUUGUAAAGGCUCUGUUAUAGGUUGUUGGAAAGAAGCUUUUUCUCCAAUGGAGAUAUCUUCCAUUAGUGGGUUAAGUGAACUGGAAAUGGAGGAUCCCAGCUUCAUAGAGCAGUGGCCAAUGAACUCCAUUGAUGAUUUGAGCUUAUUACCUCUGGUAGCUGCAUUUGGAGAGAAUUAUAUGCAACAUUCUUUGAUCAAUAACCUAAAAAUCCCUAUGGACACUUCUUCUUCUACUACAACCAUUGUUAGACCCACGAAGCAACUCAAACCAAAUCCACUUCAUAAUUUGCCAAACCCACAACCUUCUUUUUCUCCUAAUAACAUUCUUUCUUUUGCCAAUUCAAAUCAACUAAUGGGAUCGAUAGUUAAGCCUAAAGAGGAGGCAGUACUGUGUUCUAAAAGCAUCAAUAACACUACUCCCCCUUCUGAUAUGCUCAUUCCUCAAGGUUCUAUUAUGAACCAAAAUUAUAUGUUCAAGGCUUGUCAAGGAGCUAAGAGGAUCAACACCAACAAUGGUAGACUUUCUCAAAGCCAAGAUCAUAUUAUAGCAGAAAGAAAGCGGCGAGAGAAGCUUAGUCAAAGAUUCAUAGCGUUGUCUGCUAUAGUUCCUGGUCUCAAGAAGAUGGACAAGGCUUCUGUUCUUGGAGAUGCUAUAAAGUACUUGAAACAAUUGCAAGAGAGAGUUAAGACACUUGAGGAGCAAACAAAGAGAAAAACCAUGGAAUCUGUAGUUAUUGUGAAGAAAUCUCAACUGCUUUUUUGUGAGGAUGAUAGUUCUUCCUCAGAUGAGAGUUUCUCCAAAGGCCCAUUUGAUGAAACUUUACCAGAAAUUGAAGCAAGAAUUUGUGACAAACAUGUUCUUAUAAGAAUCCAUUGUGAGAUAAGGAAAGGAGUUUUGGAGAAAACUAUAGCUGAAGUCGAGAAACUCCACCUUAAUAUCAUCAAUAGCAGUGUUCUUACUUUUGGGAGUUCUGCUCUUGAUGUUACUAUUAUUGCUCAGAUGGAUAGUGAAUAUGAGAUGUCAGUGAAAGAUCUUGUGAAGAAUCUACACUCAGCUUUCAAGUUUUUCAUGUGAUCAAGAAGCCUCAAGGUUUCAACUCACAUCUGCAAGAAACAAUCUCUUUUAAGUUCUAUGCUGCUGCUAGAACAAUCCUCUUUUAUAAAAAUAUAGAGUAAGAUAUACAGAAUCAGUCAAAAUGAGGCCUGUAAUGCUCCAUCAUUUUAGACCAGUAAGCUUGUUUUACUGUGAGAUUCAUUUUGCAGGAGGGUUUUUUUAACCAGUCAGUUUUGCAUGGUUAAAUUAAUUACCAUGUUCAACACCCACCUGUUUUAAAAUAGUAAUCUCACAGCUUGUUUGGGAUUUUUUUUUUUUUUUUAAUGUUUUUGUGGGAGGUUGAUGUAUAAUUAUUCUUCCCUUUCCUUUUCAGGGCCACCUAAGGUGGUUGAACAGGGAAAAAUGGUUUUUUUAGGUGUGUAGACAAACAGGCCUUUGUUGAAGUUUGUUGUUUGGUUUUGUCAAUGUUUUAGAGGCAUAUAGUCGUAAGCCUCUUUUUCUUUGUAAUGUCUAAUGGUUUGUAACAAUGUGGUUGACAUUAAUGGAAUAAUUAUUAUGGCUUAAUAAUUUUAUGAUUUUUUUAUUA